AGCGCUGGUCGUAAAGCAUCUUUGGCCCAUCACUGCACAAUAUUUCCAGCACAUUGACACACGGACGCGCCCUAACGGUUUCACAUAGUAUCUUAUAUCAGAACUAGGAAGAGCUAGGCUGCAGACAAAACAAGUGGUUAUUGCAUUUGCAUUCUUCCCCCGAAUCAGACGUGCUCUUCAACUAAGGCUAACGUGCUCGAGAUUCCUCGAUCUGGCUGCCGUACAGGCAACGUUAUUCUUGUCAGCGCCGUACCUGCAUUUGGGCGCUUUCAGCCCGACAUUGUGCCACCGUUCAAGUUCCUCUCGGCGUCGUCUCUCAUUCUAUCGUAUCUUUACUAGCUGUUGCCAUCGCCCCCAUCUUUGCUAAUUAAUGGACCUCGACGUUGACGAGAACUCCAGUCGAAGACCAUCCCUGGUACGUGAUCGCCCAGCUCGUCCUCCAUUACCCCACGGCCCUCGUGUUCGGAACCGCCCCAAGCAUGCUCUCGAAAUCAGCAGCACUUCCUCAUCUCUUGAACCGACUUCACCUCACAGUUCGACUCUUGCAUCACCUUCCUUCUCUAAUCCGUUCUUAUCGCCUUCUCUAACUCCCACUCAUCAUCAAGAAGAAACCAGCUCAGACACGACAGCACUCUCUUUGUCUGCGCCCACAGUCACCAUUUCCUCUCAUAUCGCAACUACAGCAGAGAUUGGCGUUCAAGCCAUUCCUAUUUCACCCUCAUCACCAGUGCAAGCUCCCCUUCCGCCCCGAAUAGCCUCCCCAACAAUCAAAUAUGUCCCUAAACCAGCCACCCUCGCACCACCGCCCCAGAUCAAUUUUGAUUCGGUACCUAUACCAUGGAAAGGACUUCCUCUAGACGCUGCACAAUGGACGUUAUCACAACCCGAACUGCAGGAGAUAGUAUCAAGAGCCAUUCGUCUUUCCGCUCAGGAAUCGUUCAUUCGACUUCUGUCGAUAGAAUCCCUUGAUGAAGCCAUUGUCACCGAAACUGAGCGUUUGAGCGCUUUGAAAGCAACCACCCAAGCUCAGUAUCGCUUUCAAGUCCAUCGUCGCACCAUGCUUCUUCAGGCACUGAACUCGUUCGUGACAGCUCCACCAACUGAUAACAAGGACAAGGAUGGGGGAAUUGGUUCACUAAGUGGUAUCAUCACCCAACUGUCAGAUGCUACUGCUACAUGUGAUAGGUUGACAGUGGAGUUACUGCGGGUCGCGGAUCAGCUGGCCCAGUUAUCGAAGGUACAGGAUAGGCAUUGGGCCAGCGCCCUCAGUAUCGCGCUGCGGAAACUCAACAAAUCUUAUGAGCGACAAGUCAUGGAGACACGAAAGACGAAGGAGAAGGUUGAAGCUCUGGAGGACGAGCUCGAGGAAGCCUGGAGAGAAGCAGAGAAUAUUGCGCAGGAGAUCGACGAGAUUGAGUUUAGCGAUGAGGAGGAUGGCGACAUUGAAGGUGACUAUGGACUUGACGAGGAUAUCAGCACCGAUAUGGGUGAGGUCAUUGGGGUCACUGCGAGAGUAGUUGCCCAGAAAGCGACCCUAAUCCCCAACAAGCCUUCCACGCAACAUCUACAGGUAUCCGAUAACAAGUCUGUCCGCAGUCGUCGCAGUGGUCGCGGUAGAAUACUCGUUCGAAGAGACAGCCAUCACAGUCGCGUAUCGGCAGCUAAAACACGCAGUCGUGCUGCGUCAAACGCAAGUCUGAGGCUACCAAAAGCAGUCAGAGGAGGCGGGCCACAGUCACCGACGGACGUGGCUAAGGAGGAAGCACCCCCGAUGCCAGCACUUCCAGAUAGUCUACAGGGAAAGUCUUUCCUGGACAUGGAAACCAAAACCUCCGCCGAUACGUACGAGUUCGUACGCCCUUUGCGUAAACCUGCAAA